GCGGAGACACAAAACACUUCCGAUAUGCUGUCUCUUUUAUAGGGUUUCCACUAUAUAGCACAGGCACAAAGUAAAAAUUGGACAUAUCAUAAAAAAUUGUGAAAACAAAAAAUAUAUUUUGGGUUUUAAUUUAAGUUUAUGCAUGAGGUUAGUUUGAAAAUUAAAUUAAGACUUUGUGGCUGUGGUAACUAGUGACGACCCCUUUCUAGUUUCGCUAGCUUUGAGCAGUGUGAACAAAUUCCGAACGAAUCUAUUUUCGUAGAUAGCUGCCCGAAAAGAGACCGAAAUCAAGAUGCCUCCAAAGAAGGGAGAAGGACCAAAACAACCACCACUGAUUGGACGUUUCGGGACUUCUUUGAAGAUUGGGAUUGUGGGAUUGCCGAAUGUUGGGAAGUCAACAUUCUUCAAUGUGCUGACCAAGAGCCAGGCCGCAGCAGAGAAUUUCCCCUUCUGCACCAUCGACCCCAACGAGAGCAGAGUACCCAUCCCUGACGAACGCUAUGACUACCUCUGCACCUUCCACAAGCCCCUCAGUAAAGUCCCAGCGUUUCUGAAUGUGGUGGACAUAGCUGGGCUGGUGAAAGGAGCUCACGCUGGACAAGGACUGGGCAACGCCUUCCUGUCUCACAUUAGUGCCUGCGAUGGCAUCUUCCACAUGACACGUGCGUUUGAGGAUGAGGACAUCAUCCAUGUGGAGGGUAAUGUGGACCCAGUGAGGGACAUUGAGAUAAUCCAUGAGGAGCUACGGCUGAAGGAUGAGGAGUCUCUUGGACCAAUCAUAGAUAAGUUGGAGAAGACCGCUGUCAGAGGAGGAGACAAGAAACUCAAACCUGAAUACGACAUCAUGUUGAAGGUAAAGAACUGGAUUUCGGAGGAGAAGAAACAUGUCCGCUUCUACAAUGACUGGAAUGAGAAGGAGAUUGAUGUGCUGAACAAAUACCUGUUCCUCACGUCCAAGCCCAUGAUCUACCUGGUCAACCUCUCAGAGAAGGACUACAUCAGGAAAAAGAACAAGUGGCUGAUUAAGAUUAAGGAGUGGGUCGAUGCCCAUGACCCAGGAGCUAUGGUCAUACCAGUGAGUGGAGGUCUUGAGGCCAAACUACAGGACAUGACCGACGAGGAGAAGGACAAAUACUGUGAGGAGGCGAAGACUCAGAGUGUACUGACUAAGAUCAUUAAGACGGGCUAUGCAGCUCUGCAGUUGGAAUAUUUCUUCACAGCGGGACCAGACGAGGUUAGAGCGUGGACUGUCAGGAAAGGCAGCAAGGCGCCCCAGGCGGCAGGGAAGAUCCACACUGACUUUGAGAAAGGUUUCAUCAUGGCAGAGGUCAUGAAGUUCCAGGACUUCAAAGAAGAGGGCACUGAGAAUGCUGUCAAGGCUGCUGGGAAGUACAGGCAGCUGGGCAGGAACUACAUUGUGGAGGACGGAGACAUUAUAUUUUUCAAAUUCAACACACCCAAUGCACCCAAGGCAGCGAAGAAGUGAUGGGACCAACGCGACCAGUACAUUAACACAGGGUUCUUGUGUCCCGUCUGAUUUUGUCCUCAAGGGCUGCAGUGUCUGCUGAUUUUCUCCCCUCUUCCUGCUAUUAUGAAUGUGAGGAUAGAAUUAGAAUGAUUGAUUAAUUCUAUGUAUGGUAGGAUGAAAAUUGAGUGCACACUGCAACCAUUGAGGUCAGUACUAGGUCCUGAAGUGUUUCCUGGUCAGUUUAUUUGGUCAGGAAAAACUCCUGGCCCUAGUCAGGACUGAUUGGAACAAGGAGGGACCAUUAUUAUUUUAAGUAAAGUAGGCAUCUCUGACCGUGCCUGACCAGAAACCACCGUGACUUCCGUAUUUGCCCCACCAUACAAAAUCUGCCCUGGUGCCUUUUUUUUGUUGGCAUGGGACCCUGAUUAUCGCACCUACCCAUACACUAUAUGAAAUGUAUAUCUUUGCCCACCUCACACAAGACAUUGCUGCAAUAUUGUGAAUAAGAGGAAGAUAUAAAUCAGUCUUCUGACACCCCUGGCCACGUUCAUAUUUGGAGGUGAAUAUUGCUUUAAUUUGUUCUGGUUCCUGAAAGGAAAACAUCAACUAGCUAGCUACUUAGCUAAACAAUGGAAGGUGCACAAUCCAUGGCUACAAAGCUGGCUAACUAGCUACCUACUCUGUAAGUUAGCUUGACAUGCUAGAAAUUAACAGAAACAAGUUACUAAAAUAAAUGUUUUAUCUUCUGAAUCAA